CCCAGCAGCUUGGUUGUGAUUAUGUUUUAAUCAGUACAUUAAGAACUUUAACAUCAUCACUUUGAGUAACCUCGAGGGGGUGUGUCACACUAGCUCGUGCCGGUGGCGGCUAAGCACCUGAUCGCUAACUUGAAUGGCAUGGCUGGACACUAACUCAAAUGGCGUGGGCAUCAAUCCCUUGCAUUGAUAAGGUGAGACCGGUUUACCAGCUAAUGUGAAUUAAUGGCCCUGCACCAAGUACCUAUGAAGUUCAUUCAAAGGGCAAGGGGAAAGAUGGAGGCUUGUUCUCCCACUUGAGCAGCAGAAUACUCUUCCAGCUCGCAGAUUAGACCAAGCUUUGUGCAGGGAAAGAGAUAUAAAGUCGCUUGAAGGUUUUUCCAAUAGGAAUGUAUGCUGGAAGGUAGGCUCUCACCUUUAUUAACAAAAAAUGCAUAUGGACAAAAAUUACAGGGGGGAAUGCUCAGCAUUGUAGACAAAAAAAACUUUCUGAUCCAGUAGUUAUGUCUAGCUACUCAAACCCCUCUGAAACACAAAACUAAGCUGCAAGCAGACAGGAGCUAGGCCGUUAAAGAGCCCGAUUGAACACAAAAUCAGCCACCGUCAUAGCGACCAUCCAUUUUACCAUAUUUUUUAGCCAGGACGCCUGCUUGAGAUGUGGGCAUUUGAUUCAAAAUAACAAAGUUGCUGCAGCUUUCUGCUAAGGAUUUCCAUCUGACAGGCCAUUGUCUCCUCCCAGAGAGAUAGCCCUUCGGGGCCUCCUCCAAUUAAGGUUAUUGGAGAUGAUCUUCCUCCUGCCUCCGUUGUGCAAUCGGUUUUGAAGCUAGUGACAUAGCUGAUCCAUCUCCGCUGCAUCUGGACCGCCUCCUGCUGGGCUCGUCCGCUAGUCGGUUGAAGGUUUUUACUGUAUAGCAAUUGUCAAUCUUAUACUUAUAUUCCUGAUUUUCUGUAGACCAAUAUGCUUUUUAGUUUUGAGUACACAGGAUGCAACCAUACCAGCACUAACGCACAUCAGAAUUCCAAAGUUGAGCAUACUGGUAUAAAUGACUCACUUUCUAUCCAAACAAACGGCAGAGUUUAGAACGAAAGCUCACAAAAACGCGAGUAAUACUGACGCCGUAGAGACACCGACACCAACUUCCUCGCAUUGGUCUGCCCCCUUCUUCUUUCUUACAUGCGACAGGUCUGGCGGGAACCGGAACGGUCGUCCACUUCAUUCUUUGAUUCAAAUAACACCAACCAGAUAGAAAAUGAGAGGAGGGACUCAGGGAUGUCUCUGGGAGCUUCCACCAGAAAGGUUUGUACUAUGCGUAAAACUUUUCUAGCGAUCAUUCAUUCCGACCGUCCGAUAUACUUGUGAAAUGGUGGCCAAUCGCCACGCCCCACCGUCUGUAGUCUUGAUCCUUCUCCUUUCCAAAGUUCUUCUUCUUCUUUUUUAUUUUUGAGGCCCAAAACGGGUGUGUGUUCUGAAUUGUGAAAAGAAGAAGCUCGUUACUCCCAACAUUUGCUCCUGGCUGCACUAGUUAAAAGGCCUGCUCUGCUGCGUUGACGUCGCUGCGCCCCUCGUGGCAACCUCCUUUUCUUUCCUAUAUUCCAUUUCCUUCCGCCUACUGAGCCUACUUCUUGCCUUGGCUAGAGGCUCCGAGCUCUCCCCCACGGCCCCAUGGACAGGAACAGAGACUUGCAAGAUAUAGUGGCAAUGCAGUUGACAUCUCCUUUUUCAGGUCUACAGAGAUCUAGAACAUGGAGACUUAUGCUUGGUCUCUGCUGGUUUCUGCUUCAUCUACUGGUUAAGCUGCAUCAUCUGGCAUUCGAAUAUCUCGCAACUAUUGUGGUGGACAGUGAAGAAGCUUUUCAGAUCUCAAAAAUAUUUAGUCUUGUUCGCUGGUUAUCAAAAUUUGGUGUGAAGCAUAUUUCUCUUUAUGAUAUGGAUGGAGUUUUAAAAGAGUCAAAGAAAUUUCUCGUCAAAAAUUGGGCUGAUCUGAGUCCACGAGAGUGGAAGGAAGCUGAUAAGAAAGUUGGAUCUCGUCAUCAGAAGUCUGUGGACCUGGAAUGGUUGUCCUUUUCUGAUGGGAAGGAAGCAGUUGUUAGGGCCGCCAUGUAUAUCUGCUCCAACUACUCAAAACCUGUCACUGCUGAUGCACCACAAACCAAACAAACGCUUACAAAGGCUGAUCUGGACAAAGCACUGAGAGCAGUUGGUUCUUGCGGACCAGAACCUGAUCUCCUCUUCAUAUUUGGGCCUGCGAGAUGCCAUUUAGGUUUUCUAGCAUGGAGAUUGAGAUACACAGAAAUCAUAGACAUAUGGGGAAGCUGAGAUCGUUGUCUUUCAGUGCCGUACUGAAGGUACUCUAUGACUUUUCAAAGAAACAUCAGAAUUAUGGCAAGUAGAUGCUCGAUAAGACUUGAGGGUAUUCAUGUAUUUAAAUAUAUAAAACAUAUGAUUCUACCCUAGUGCCUGGUGCUUGUUGAAUUCAAUAUAAAUCAGGAAUUGAUUCUGUCACAUGUAAAUGAGCUUAAAUGUGUCCGGACCUUCUAUCUAUAGCGAUUAUUUUGUUUUCUUCAGAAC